AUGGGAAGUAGUAGCGGGAUUGCUUACGCGGGCUUCGUCGAGCCGGAUAGGGAUAAUUUCGAAAAAGAGCUCGGCUAUUCGGCAGAUGAUCCAUUCGCGGAGGAUUUCAGCGAUAUAAGUCAACAUGAAAUUGUUAACAUUAUUGCGGAUGGUGAUUGGGUGGGAAGGCCCAUUAUUGUUAUCUAUGCUUAUCGUCUUCCAUCGAAUAAAACCUUUAAUCAUGCCAAAUUUUUAAGAUUUUUGCAAUUCACACUGGAUAAGGUUGUCGAAUUGGAUUACACGAUUGUUUAUUUUCAUUACGGGUUGCGAAGCAACAAUAAGCCACCGUUGAAAUGGCUUCUUCAAGCUUAUACCAUCUUAGACAGAAACAUUUUAUCGCAUAAUCCGGACUGUGAUAUACCUCCAGUGGUCACUGAUCUCAUUGCGUUUUUACGUGAGAAUUCACUGAAUGUUGCUGGACUUUUUCGACGUUCCGCUGAAGUUAAUUCCAUCAAGCGGCUUCAAGAACGAAUCAAUAUGGGCGAACGAAUAGAUUUCCUGAAUGACGAACCAUACAAGGAUAAUUUGCAACAGGCCUCCAUCGAUGCAUCCGUUUUGUUGAAAACAUUUCUUCGUUCGCUUGGCGAACCCGUUACAACAAAUGCACUUUAUCCCAAUCUUGCUGCACUUUCUGGUAUGAUUUUUGCUGUUUUUGCAUGUUAA